CUUGUUAGGAACAGAAUAUGUUUGAAUUCUAGUUGGGUGAAAGCUACAGAAGCUGAGAAACGUGAAUGAGUGAGUGUAUAAAUCCUGAAAAGAAAAAUAUUGUGUAUCAGUAUGGGUGCCAAUACAUCAAUAGUAGAUGAUAUUAACACCCCACAGAUCCACCAGUUAUAUACCAAAUUUAUGAGGGAGUGCCCUUCUGGACUGCUUAGCCUGUAUGAAUUCAAGACCCUUUUGGAUUUGCACCAUAUGGACGCGCAGGCAGAAACAUAUGUUGAUCGAGUGUUUCAGACCUUUGACUCAAAUAAGGAUGGAUUUAUAGACUUUUUGGAGUUCAUAGCAGCAAUAAAUUUGGUUAUACGAGGGAAAAUUGACCAAAAACUGAAAUGGUAUUUCAAGCUAUACGAUGCUGAUGGAAAUGGAUGCAUUGACAAAAAAGAACUAUCAAACAUAUUCAAGGCUGUCCAGGCUAUUAAUGGCCACACUAAUAUGACUCCUGAAGAGUUCACAAACAUGGUAUUUCAAAAGAUCGAUGUGAACAAUGAUGGGGAACUGACUUUAGAAGAGUUUGUCAAUGGUGUGGAAAGCGACAAGAACCUCUUGGAACUGAUUUCAAAAAGUUUUGACCUUUCCAACGUACUCAAAAUCAUUCAGAGCGGGAGGCGUCACAGCGUUUGAGAACGUCUGACUGGAAGUGGAGUCUGUGACAAGCCUGAAUAUUGCAGGAAGGAUAAUAUGUAGUACUUACAAAAAUCUUAAUCUCCUAAAGCACUGUACAGAAAAUAUCUGAAGUCAAGCUCUCACAAUAACUUGGGCUUCAGAGUUUUUUGUCAUCUCUCUCCUUUCUUUCUCUUUCUCAUUAAAGAAUAUGACAGCUACUGAAUAUGAAACCCCAUCCACAUACAAUAGUAAAGCUAUUUUUGAGGUACAUACAAAUGAUUUGGUCACAUAGAGUAAUGGUAAAACAGUGAGAAUAGUACAAAAAAAAAAAAAAAAAUGAACUUCUCUAGAAGAAACUGGGCUAAUGAAUUUCUUCUUUUAAGUACAUAUUCUUUAACCUACAAUUUAAAAUGUGGUGAUAAACCACUAGAUAGGAUUGGUUUCCUUUUGGAUCAAUAAAGAAUGAAGUGUGGUUUGCAUUAACUAACUUGCACUAAUCAGUACUUAAAAUAGAGGUGGGAUAUCUGGGAAACACCUCAAUCAGUUUACUGCUUCACAGGUAAACAUCCUGUUUGGAAAGCUGUUUACAACUCUUUGCUCGAUUAUAUCUGUAAAUUAAAAUGACUUAACACUUUGAUUUUUCAGAGUUUUAUAUUUAAUCCUAAUUUUCUUCUCAAUUAACCUUUGUAGAAGCACUUGAAUUGUAUAGUAGCACUGCUCUUUGCAGAGUAGUAAUAAUUAUAAGUUCAGAGGAGUGUUUUAAAUAAAAAUGCAACCCUACUUUAUGGAUAAGAUUAAUUUCAUGAGCAAUAAUGAAACUGCAUGAGUUGAAAAUGGAGGGAGAAUGAUAGUACUCUCUAGUUCCAUUGUGGAUUGAAUGUCUCUCAAGUCUGCAACAGGUUAUCAAAUUACAGGCAAUUGUAUCAUGAGAAUUAAUUCUCAUUAGCUGAUCAUUCCCCAAGGGCCUGACACUUCAUGCUGCUUUUUCCUUAGAGCUCAGGCCUCAUGCAAAGUAACUCUUGCAUGGAUUGCAUAACCACCUAGAUGAAGGAAAAAAUUAUCAAGGUUUGAAGAUGGAAAUAUUUUUUUUCCAAGAUUCAUUUCAAAUCUGCACCCAUUUGCACAAGAAAUGGGCCACAUCAUCUGUAAUUAUUAUACCAGCAAUUGAUUUGAUCAAUAGAGUAGACAGCAAGGAGAUGCAACAAGCAUCACUUGACAUUAUAAACAGUCCUGACAUUAUAGCUUUGACAUUUAAAUCUUUUAUAUUCCUUCCAAAAAAUGGAAUGAUGAAUGAGAUUGCUGGUGGGUUAGAACUUUAAAGUCUUCUAUUUAUUCAUCGUAGACACAUUAAUAUGUCACUGUCAGUCUCCAUUUUUUUCUAAUGGAAGCACAAAAAGAAAACCUAAGAAAGAAGAUGAAGGAUAUUUCUGGUUUUAAUGGAGCUUAUCAUUCAAAAUAUGAAGUUCAGUAGUAAUGGUGUAAUCUGAUCAACUGGGGUUUAACUUAGAUGACCUGAUGUUGUUGUUGUUCUCUUAAAUAAAUGAAAUGAUUGUCCUUGAAAAGUGACUAACAUACAUCUACUGUGACAUUAUUCUUCCUGAGGGGGCUUUACUAUAAAGAGGUUUGUUUUUUUUUUUAAAUUGCCUAACUAUUAUAUGUAGCUGUAAUUACAUGAUAGAAAUUACUUGCUCUAAAGGAGUGUGAUGGUCUAUUAAAGGAAUAUUGCACACAAGGAAAUUUUAGUCACCUUUAUAUUAAACUAACCUUUAAAAGGAGCUGAAAUGCCAAAUCCUAUACAUUAAGAUACUAGUAAAAGGCUGUCUAGCAUAAACCCAUGAUAAUUAAGAGACAAUUACCAUCUUCUUGUUUUGCAUAAGUACGGCAGCAUGAAUACCAUUUCAAAAUUCUACUUACCCUCAGUCUCUGCAGUCGCUCUUCAUUCGUUGGGGCAACAUACAUAAAAUGUGUAUAUAUAGCAUCUGUUUUUUUGUUAAUUUCUUAGUUGCUUAAGAUAUGUAGGUCAUUUGUCACAUGACUGUAUGAAAAAGUAUAUUAUGAACAUGAGUGUACUUUUCCUGUUAUCCUUUUGAAUUUGCCAGUGCUUCAUCCAGAUAAAAGUGUAAAUGGAUGAUGUCCUAAAAGAAUGUAAAUUCUGACUGUCCAGUAGCUUGAUCGGAGCUAAUUUACAACAGCAUAUAUAAAUCCUAUGAGGGAUGUGAAGUGAUACUAUAAUAACAUGUGUCUGUUGUGUUAAGAGACCUGGUCACUGGGGCAUUUUGCUAUAAGAAUAUGUUGUUCUAGUUGACUGGGGAGCCGUAAAGAAAAAAAAGCCAGCAGGAAGCUAAAAACUGACUUAAACACAUUUGGCUGAGGGGGUGACUUUUAAGGGACAAGGGGAUGUUGGGUUACCCUCUUGCUGAAUCCCCCAGAUCGGUUUUGCCCCAAAGCUUGGGAACACAGAAAAGCAAAAGAAUGAUAGCAGUUUAAACAGUUCUGAAACAGCACUUUAGAAAGAAAUAUGCCCAAGAAGGGCAUUGGCAAGGUUUUCCAAGGGAACUAGAAUGACAAAUCUGCUCAGGGUGGCUAAGUCUCUCUGGGUUUCCUUUACAGGAUGAUAGCAAAGCACUAAGUGUGGUAGACAUGUGUAGAAUCCCUUUAAAAUCCCAUUUUCCUCCAAAUAUUUUGUUCCUGAUAUUAAAACAUUCACUAUUUUGAUUUAAGAAGGCUGUUUUGCACCCUGCAUGUACCAUGGGUCAUAUAUUCCCAAAAGGGGAAAACUAUCCUGUCAGACCCAAGAUUAAUAACCAGGGUAUUGUAGCCAAUGUCCUAGUUUAAGAGAGGGAAACUGGUGGAAUUUCAUUCUGAAAAUAGGUAAAAGCAUGAAAAAAAAACCCACCUGAGUGCCAUCAGAGAGACCUGAAAGGGAUCAGAGAUACAGCCAGGUUUGUAAACCACCUAUAGACACUGGCUAGGGACAGACAUUCAAAAAGCCUGAGCCUGAAUUGAGUCAAUCUUUGCAGGUUAGUCUAACCAGGCUAGGUUGAACCAGUUUGUAACUGGACAGACAUUUUCUCUGGACUGAGGAAAUUCAGGCACAUGCCUGCAGUGGCUCAGGUUAGAACCAGGGGGUGCUAGAGCAGCCCUCCCUUCCUUCCACAGUACUCUGUUGAUGGUGGGGAGGGGGGCAAGCCCUGGCAGGACCUCUGAUUAGGGAGGUUUGCCUACACCAUCCCAGGCUUUUCUCCACUGGCUGUUCAAAGGGCAGGAGCAUCAUCAACCCCCUGCUAGCACUCUGAAGCAAGGGGGCAUGUGCAGUGCAUGCAUCUGUUGAUUAUGUGGAGCUCUUCACUAUCCCUCUCCCUGCUUCUUUAUACUGCCUGCAGCAAACUGACAGGGGGCUGAUAACAGUGAUUAUCAUCUCAUCAGCAAAACAAGGCCUCUCUUCAUUAGUUGAAACUCUUCUUAAACAGCUUACUGGCUGACCUGUUGAUUAGCUCCAAAUAGCCCUAAGUAGUCACUGUUCUGUCUGCUUGUCCCUGUGAUAUUGGAGUGAGUUACACACACACACACACACACACACACACACACACACACACACACACACACACACACACACACCUCAGCAUUAGCUAGCAUACCACAUGCCUAGAGUCCGUGGGGCUGGGGUCUGUGUUGUGGGAGAUGAGAGGGAGGGAGGAGAGUAUUCCUGCUUAAGCAGUGAGCAGCAAGCUGGGGUGGUAAGGCAGGUGGAAGCCAGGCAGACCCUGCUGUGUCUACAAGUCUCUGCUGGAGCUUCAGUCAGGGAGCAGAGGGGAAGGGCCAGCUCUGAUGUGGAACAGAGAGCCCCACCUAGCUCAGAGAGCAUGCCAGGAUGCUGGGGGUGUCUGGUUUAAUCUUAAACCAGCAAGGGGUCUGGGACAAUCAUUACAUAAACUGGUUUGAGUCAAAUCAGUUAAGUCUGAUACUACAUUCAACCAGGUUUAUCUCAAACCAGUUCCAGCCAUUUUCAAACUGGUUUACGUGCACUGAACAUCUGUUCUGUUACAAGUUUAAACCAAUUUCUGAUCACUUAAACCAGUUUAUGUGUAAUGACUGUCCCUAACCUCUAUGCAUGACCACAUUUAGUGGUGACAGUUCCAUGUAUGCAGAGUGAUUUCAGGCCUGAAAUCUAAAUAUAUCAGACUCAAAGAAUGGGCAAAUCCUACCCUAUCUGAGAAGCCUUUAUUAAGUAGGCAGUGUACCUUUGGCUACUGUGUUAUCUUUGCUCCCUGAAUACGGGAUUUUCCAUGUUAAGAGAUUAUGUCUGGAUAUCUUCUUAUUCCCUCUGAAGAACAGUAGAAAGCAAUUUGUGUUUCAAUUCCAUAAUCUCCCUUUCUUCAAGUAAUUCAUAGUUGUGUCUAAUGUUAUUCUUUGUAAUGCUUUUGUUGCAAUAGCUUAAUUUAGUGAAAAAAAAACAGAUAUUUUUUCCUCCAAGAAUCUAGAAAACACCUUUGCCUAUGUUUGAGUAUUUGCACAUUAUGAGGUGUGGAAAUAUCUAUUAAAGUUUAAUUAAUAAAUUGACAUAUCCUUGAAGAGGUAAGGAGUUCUCAUGUGAUGGGAAAGAGAGGCCACUGCUGCAUUUAAUUUUUACCUGACGCUGGAACAGCUAUUAAGUAAACACUCAGCACUCUGAGUGACCACAUGCUGGCAAGAGGUGGAAAUCUUCCUGUAAGUUCGAGGAAACAGAAAUUCCUAGAACUGGCCCUGGAUUGACCAAGUGGAAGGGUUUAAAAGUAAUCUUAAUUUUUUAAUCAAAAUACCAAAUGAAGUGCCAUUCUUGUUAAUGUAAAAUCCUAUACAACCACUGUACUGAUUAUGGUGACUUUCUCUCAAUAAUAAUAAUUUUCUAAAAAGGCA